UGCUAUUAUUUCCGUGCCAAUGUGGCCGCGCAUCCUCGAUAUCGUUAUGCCCAUGAAUGAAUCUCGGCCACGUAUAACGAUGCCUAUCCCGACUGAAUACUUUGUCGAUCAGGAAAAGUAUUUCUAUUUAAUCUUGCUGCACUUAAAUGUAGCUACUUGCAUAGGAGCAACUGCAUAUAUAGCAACAGGAACAAUGCUCAUAACAUACCUCAAACAUGCCUGUGGAAUGUUUAAGAUUGCUAGUUAUCGUAUCGAGCGAGCAAUGAUGAUCAAUAUUUUACAAAAUAGCAUGGAGAAUGAAAUUAUGAUUUAUAAGGCAAUGAUUUAUGCCGUCGAUAUCCAUCGUAAAGCUAUAAAAUUUGCCGAACUUUUGAUAACCAACUUUGAGGGAUCAUUCUUAUUUUUAAUCGCAGUUAGUGUGUGUUGCUUGAGCCUCAACCUUUUCCGAAUUUUUCAAAGUGUAACGUUUGGCAACAGUAAAGAAGAACUUUUAUUACACUUUCUAAUUGUAGCUAUCAUCCUUUUAUAUAUGUUCUUAGCCAACUAUGCUGGACAAGAAAUCACGGAUCACAAUAACCAUGUAUUUUCCACAGCAUAUAAUGUUCGUUGGUAUACUGCACCGUUAUCCAUACAGAAGCUGAUAUUAUUUUUGUUACAAAGAGGUAGCAAAACUUUCAGUCUAAACGUUGGUGGAUUGUUUGCAGCAUCCUUAAAGUGCUUCGCCUCGCUAACGAGUGCGUCGAUAUCUUACUUCACCGUCAUAUACUCUACACAGCAAUGACGUGAUUGACGUGAAGACACAUCAUCUAAUAGUAUAUAAGAAUUAAGUAGAGAGGAAAUAAUUAGUUGAUUUACAUACAUGUACAUAUUGUAGAGUCGACAUAACAUCGACAGAAUUAACUAUGAGUAUAAGAAACUUGAGCAAUAAUAAUAUUG